UGGAACUGGGAGUGUUGUUUGUUCGCUUAAAAAUCAUUCAAGGUCCCUUGGAGGACGCUUUCGUUUCUGAGGCUGUUUCCUCGGGUCUGCCGUGGGCGGAUUCAAGAAUCAUGGCAAUAACUGCUGAAGCGUUGAAAGAAAUCCUGCUGCAACAAAAAAAACAGUUUGAAGGGGCACAAUUACGUUUGGUGGAAACAUUGACGCAGCAACUUAAAAUCCAACCACCAAAUUCCGCUCCAGAUACAAAUUCAGUCGACUCGAUUGCCAACAGCAUCACUAAAUUCCGUUAUGACCCUGAUGCCAACCUAACCUUCGAUUCGUGGUUCAGACGUUACGAAGAUGUUUUCCAGGUCGAACUGAAGCACAAAGAUGAUGCCUGGAGAGUACGCUUAUUGCUCAGAAAGCUUGGCACAACGGAACACACACGGUAUUCCAACUUUAUCCUGCCUAAGAACACGCGAGAUCUCAGUUUUGACAAAACCGUGCAGCAACUUUCAAUGAUUUUCGGUGAGCGUUCGUCCUUGUUUAAUAUUCGCUACCAAUGUAUGAAACUGGCGAAAACGGAAUCUGAGGACUACAUCACUUAUGCCGGUAGAGUCACCCUUGAAUACGAACAAUUCAAGUUAUCUACCAUGACGGAAGACCAGUUCAAGUGCCUUAUUUUCAUAUGUGGUCUUCAGUCGCACUCAGACAGUGAUAUCUGGGCGAGACUAUUGAGCAAGAUUGAACAAACUCCCGAGAUAACGCUGCAGUCAAUUACCCAUGAGUGCCAGCGCCUUUUAAAUCUUAAGCAUGACACGGCCAUGUUGGAGAAGCCCUUAUCCAACCCUGCGUUCAACAUUGCCAAGACGACAUCGAAGCACCCUCCCGUGGUGACAAAUUCGAAAGGAGGAAAACCUUAUUCAGCAUGCUGGCAAUGCGGCGAAUGGCAUUUUGUGCGAUUGUGUCCGUACAAAAAGCACAAAUGUUCAGUGUGCAAUCGACGUGGGCACAAGGAAAGCCAGUGCCGGACGAGGAAAGCUAGCCAAAGACGCGGUCAAACCCAGAGGUCACGAAGCAAACGCAGCCAAUCAGGACCGGAAGUCCGUGCUGUGGUGUUGGACACCAUGAACCAACUACCCGUGACUUUUGACGCGGUGCAAGAUGCCACCAAAAAUGACAGCAUAUUACAAAUGGCGAUGAAAAUCAUGACAAUAACUGCUGAAGCGUUGAGAGAAAUUCUGCUGCAACAACGAAACCAGUUUAAAGAGGCGCAAUUACGUUUGGUGGAAACAUUGACGCAGCAACUGAAAAUUCAACCACCAAAUUCCGCUCCAGAUACAAAUUCAGUCGACUCGAUCGCCAACAGCAUCACUGAAUUCCAUUAUGACCCUGAUGCCGGCCUAACCUUCGAUUCGUGGUUCAGACGUUACGAAGAUGUUUUCCAAGUCGAACUGAAGCACAGAGAUCAUGCUUGGAGAGUACGCUUAUUGCUCAGAAAGCUUGGCACAACGGAACACACACGGUAUUCCAACUUUAUCCUGCCUAAGAACACACGAGAUCUCAGUUUUGACAAAACCGUGCAGCAACUUUCAAUGAUUUUCGGGAUGCCCCUCUCGAGUAAAGCUCGAGUGUAUGCGGAUGUGAACCUGAACCGCCCAAGAGAAUACUGGGACUAUGAAACUUACGAUAUCAAAUGGGGUGAUCAAGAUGACUACCAAAUUGUGCGUAAGCUUGGUCGGGGGAAGUACAGUGAAGUGUUCGAGGGUGUCAAUAUCACAACAAAUGGAAAAUGUGUGAUUAAAGUUCUUAAACCAGUCAAAAAGAAGAAAAUUAAGCGGGAGAUCAAGAUUCUGGAGAAUCUUCGUGGGAUCACAAACGUGAUUUCUCUUGAGGCUGUUGUGAAGGACCCUGUGUCGCGCACUCCUGCACUCAUUUUUGAGUAUGUCGACAACAGGGACUUUAAAGAACUUUACCACACUCUCACGGACUAUGAUAUUCGGUAUUACAUGUUCGAGCUUCUCCGUGCCCUAGACGCAUGUCAUAGCAUGGGUAUUAUGCAUCGGGACGUGAAACCACACAACGUCAUGAUCAAUCAUUCCCAGCGACAGCUCCGUCUGAUAGAUUGGGGUUUGGCUGAGUUUUAUCACCCGGGUCAAGAGUAUAACGUUCGGGUUGCAUCUCGUUACUUUAAAGGACCAGAACUGCUAGUCGACUUUCAGAUGUACGACUACUCUCUUGAUCUGUGGUCACUGGGUUGUGUUUUUGCAAGUAUGAUAUUUCGAAAAGAACCGUUUUUCCACGGUCAUGACAACUAUGACCAACUUGUCCGGAUAGCUAAAGUCCUGGGUACUGAUGAGCUCUUCCAGUAUCUUGCCAAGUACGAAAUCACGUUAGAUCCUCGUUUUAAUGAUAUACUUGGACGGCACACAAAGAAACGAUGGGAUCGCUUUGUGCAUGCAGACAAUCAACAUUUGGUUAGCCCAGAAGCAAUUGACUUCCUGGACAAGCUACUACGUUACGAUCAUGCUGAACGUCUGACUGCUCGCGAGGCUAUGGAACAUCCCUAUUUUUAUGGGAUUGUUCAAGAACACGGCGGUCGUGUUCCAGCUUCUGCAAACCAAACCAAUUCGACGGGGAACAAAAAAUCAGCGAACUCGACACCAAGCGGCACGGCACCGUCCCCCUCGCGCCAAUCAUAG